AUGGCUUUCGGAACCCUCUUCACCACCGCGGACAACCCCCGCUCCACCGCCAUCAAGGCGGUUGCAAAGGCGAACAACAUCGACCUCAAGAUUGUCGAGGUCGACACUACCAAGCCCACUGUUGAGCACCUCAAGGCCAACGGGCUCGGCAAGGUUCCAGCUUUCCUCGGCGAGGACGGCUAUGCUCUGUCCGAGUGCAUUGCCAUCGCCAUCUACAUCACCUCCCAGAACGAGAAGACCACUCUUCUCGGCAAGACCAAGCAGGACUAUGCUUCCAUCCUGAAGUGGAUGUCCUUCUUCAACUCCGAGAUUGUCCCUCCCAUGGGGAACUGGUUCCUGCCUCUCCUGGGCAGGCUUCCUUACAACAAGAAGUCUGUCGAGGACUCCUCUCAGAUUGUCCAAAAGGCCGUUGGUGUCGUUGAAAAGUACCUCCAGCGCCACACCUACCUGGUUGGCGAGCGUGUCACUCUCGCCGACCUGUUCUGCGCCAGCUUGCUGUACCGUGGCUUCCAGUACUUCUUCGACAAGCAGUGGCGUCAGGAGCAUCCCAACGUGACCCGUUGGUACGACACCGUGGUCAACCAGCCCAUCUACUCGGCUGUGGCCAAGAAGCUCGACUACCUCGAGAAGCCUGCCCUCACCAACACUGCUCCCAAGAAGGCCGAGCAGCCCAAGCCGGCCCCCAAGCCCGCUGCUGCCCCCGCUGCUGCCGCGGCGGACGAAGAUGCCCCCGCUCCUAAGCCCAAGCACCCUUGCGAGGCCCUGCCCAAGGCUUCUUUCCCUCUUGACGAGUGGAAGCGCCAGUUCUCCAACACCGAAACGCCCGAUGCUCUCAAGUACUUCUGGGAGAACGUUCCCCUGCAGGAGGAGUACUCCAUCUGGCGUUGUGACUACAAGUACAACGAUGAGCUUACCUUGACUUUCAUGUCGAACAACCUUAUCGGUGGUCUCUUUACUCGUCUGGAGGCCUCUCGCAAGUACAUCUUUGGCAGCGCCUCCGUCUACGGCCAGAACAACGACUCUGUCAUUCAAGGUGCUUUUGUCAUCCGGGGCCAGCAAUAUGAGCCCGUCUUUGACGUUGCGCCCGACUACGAGAGCUACGACUUCGUCAAGCUCGACCCCAAGAAGGCGGAAGACCGCGAGUUCCUGGAGAACCAGUGGUCUUGGGAAAAGCCCGUCGUCGUCAAGGGCAAGGAGUACCCCCACGCCUGCGGCAAGGUCUUCAAAUAA